CGUUGAGCUUUUGCAUCACAGGGGUGUGUUAGGGUUCGGUGUGUAUGUGGGUGUUUGAGCGGGAGCGUGGGGUGUGUGUGUGUGUGAGUGUGUGUGAGAGAGAAAGCGUGUUUACGCAUCUCAGAGGCCACAGUGUGCAGUUUGUCUUCCCUUGGCUGCAUUGUCUUUGGCACAGACCUGCAAACAUGAACCUGUUCUGCUUCACACUGGAGGGCUCCACAGAAAGUAUAUAUGAACCACCCAACAGUCAAACACUCUUCCAGGACGUCCAUCUCAGCCCUUCUCUCCACAGGUGUAAGACUGAAUGGGGCGGCUCAGAUCCAUCCAUCCAUUCUGACCGACCACCAAGUACAGUAAAAGUAAAGAAGAAUAACAGAAGGUCUUGUGUGCCAACAUCACCCUUGGACAAUGAAACAUUAGUAUUUCAUUCUCCCUGCUGCAUGUCAUCAAGAGACAAGAAGGGCUUAUCCCAACAAAUGAAAGAAGUGUGUAAAGGCCCCUGUCGGAGCAGCAUGUGGACAAGAGAUGACAGAGUGAAGGGGACACAGGCCCAUCUACCAGAUAAGGGCGGUGAAACUGCAGCUGACACAGCAGAAUCCACACACACCACGGGAAGAUUUAAGAAGUUACAGAACCUGGUGCAGACAAAGACUGGACAUCAGAGUGGAGGAGGGAGGAGGACGUCUGAGAAUAACGAUCAUAUGUCCGAUGUGUUGAGUAUUGGCCUGGGGAGGAGAACAGAGAAGAAGCCCUCUGAAACUGCCCCAUCACCACAGACGCAACACCAGGCCCAAGAUAUCCGUAAAGAUUCAGUAGAGGACGAAGUUUGGGGCCCGUGGCUUGGAAAUUAUCGGUGGAACCCAUUUGAGUGUCCGCAGCCCUGGACUCCCUUCUACCACACAUGUCACCAACCUGGACAUGAACUUUGGGUCUGUGGCGGCACCUGGUCGCUGCCCCGGACCACAGAAUGGGAUCGCUUUGAGAGUUUGAUACAGGAGCUGGACAGCAAACAGUCCGAUCUGUCUCCUAAACAAAUGAUGCACUCCAACACGGAUCUGCAGCUCUCACAGAACACGUUGACCAGAUUUGGGAGAUUUGAAGCCUGUACACAGCCCUCACCUUUGAUGAAACCACGGGACAUUGGAGGCGCUCUGCAGGAGCAGAGUUGCGAUCUUACCAAAUUGAGGCUGCAGAGGAGGGAAACCUUUUCACAUGGUGACAGGAAGCACGUCAAGGCCCCGCCUGAGAAAACGUUGACAGCCAUCACUACUGGAAACACACAGAACGAUGAAGCAGAGAAGAGGGAGGUUGGUGGAGGGCGACCCUUUAGUAAAGGACACAGGCGGUCCAGUAACUCUCUGGAAAGCCUCUACAGCCUCCACAGUGGACAAAGCUCCUCAAGUGGAGUCACCAGUGGGUCAGGCUGCUCCAGUAACAGAGACAGUCUCAGGCUGGAGGACGAUCUAUUGUCAAAAAGACAGUUCUGUGGCAGAGCUACAGUCCAUACCGACUUUGUGCCAAGUCCAUAUGACACAGAAUCCCUCAAACUCAUGGUGGGAGAUGUGAUUGACAUAAUCGCCAAGCCCCCCAUGGGAAUAUGGACAGGCAUGCUUAACGGCAGGGUGGGAAAUUUCAAGUUCAUUUAUGUGGAUGUGCUAACAGAGAAGAGUCCGGACACACACAAGGAGACACAAGCCCACAGAUUGAGACACAAAUCAACUGUCCAGGAAGUUUUAAAGCGCCUCAGUUUGGAGGAGCAUUUCUUGUCCUUACAGCUGAACGGUUACCAAACAGUAGAGGACUUGAUGAUGCUGAGGGAGCACCACCUGACGGAGCUGAAUGUGACUGAUCCAGAGCACAGGCAUCGUCUGCUUGGCGCUGUCCACUCCCUGCAGCAAAUGCGCUCUGAUCAUCAGUUGGAGAAUGAGGCCCAGACCCCCAGCGAGAACACAAAGGCAGGUAUGAACAACUGCCCAAGAGACUCCGGCUGCCACAUGCCAUCUGACAGCCCUGACAAUAGCGCAGAGGACACAGACCUUCACUUUCUCUCUGAAUACCCUCUGCCAGCUCAGACGACAGCUUCAUGAGAAUGUCUUUAUAAUCUGUUGUAUUAUUUAUGCUGCUGUUGAGAGGAUUUAUGAAUAAAAAAACUUUUAAACAUGUU